CUUUUGCAUUGGCAAUAUUUUAUUGAAACGGUGAAACGCUAGCGCCAGUAGCGGCUGUUUGUUUCCUUGGACGCUGGGAGAGAACCUGUCCUUUCUGAGAAAGAAGCUUUUUGCAAGUCGCAUAGCCACUAGGGAGUUGUUUGAUAACGGCUGCUCGUCUGCAGUUAGCGAUUGAAGGAGGAAAAGCAAGCGUUUGUUAGCGCCCAUCUCCGGAGGCAAGAUGCCGGCUUUCUUCUUGAAGCCAGAAAAUGCUCUGAAGCGGGCGAAAGAGUUCUUGGAAGUGGGCAAAAAAGAGCCAGCACUGGACGCGCUCGCAGAUGUAAUCAAGUCCAAGAAGCAUCGAACAUGGCAGAAGGUACACGACGAUAUCAUGGCGCUGUACAUCACCCUUUGCGUGGAAUUGCGGCGAGGACAUCUGGCCAAGGAAGGCCUGUAUCAGUACAAGCUCAUCUGCCAACAAGUCAGUAGCGGGUCACUGGAGGAAAGCAUUCGCUUCUUCCUGAGGCUCUCCAACGAAAAGGCAGAAGAAGCACGCAAGAACUCGCAGCAGACCGUCUUGGACGGUCAAGUCAUCUUGGAUGUAGACGAUCUGGACCACAUUCAGACUCCAGAGAGUCUGCUGCUUAGCGCGGUGAGCGCUGAAGACACACAGGCACGUACUGACCGUGUUCUGCUUACGCCCUGGGUCAAGUUCCUCUGGGAGGCCUAUCGCAGUGUGCUGGAUCUUCUACGUAACAACGCCAAGUUUGAGAAGAUCUACCAUGAAGUGGCAAAGGAAGCUUUCAAGUUCUGCGUGGACUAUGCCCGUCGUACUGAAUUCCGCAAGUUGUGUGACAAUCUUCGCCAGCACUUGAACCACAUCCAGGCAUAUCAGAACCAGGCCAACAGUGUCAAUCUUAAUUCACCAGAGAGCAUGCAGAUGCAUGUUGAGACCCGCCUUCAGCAGCUGGACACCGCCAUCUUACUGGACUUGUGGCAGGAGGCAUUCAAGGCUAUCAACGAUGUACAUGGUCUGCUGACACUGAGCAAGAAGCCGCCUCGUCCCGCUAUGGUGGCUAACUAUUUGAUGAAGCAAGCCACCGUCUACUGGAUGGCUAAGAACCCUCUCUUCCAUGCAGCCGCGUGCCAUCGCCUGCUUGUUCUGUCUAGAGAACAGAAGAAGAACCUCUCCGAUGUUGAGCUCUCAAAGCUUGCAUCCCGUGUCGUUGCAUCCACGUUGGCUGUGCCGCUUCACUCCAGCUCCCCAGAGAGCAACUUUACUGCCGAGUUGAAUGAGAUUGCUCGUGAGAAACACCGCAAGCUUGCUGGUCUGCUUCAACUCGGCCAGCCUCCUUCCAGGUCAUCGCUCAUCAGUGACGUGAGACGUCUCAACAUCCUGGACCAUUUGCCAGAGCCACUCAAGCAACUCUUCACAUGGCUGGAAGAGGAGUUCCAUCCUCUCAGGAUCUCUGAGCGGGUUAUGGAAUGCAUCAAGUUUCUUGAAGAAGAUGAGGAGUUAAAGCAGUAUGCUGAUAACAUCCGAGUGGUUGGAACUGCCCGUCUGCUGCAGCAAGUAGCGCAGGUGUACUCAUGCAUCGAGAUUGACCGUCUACUGCAGUUGGCACCGCACGAGACCAAGUUUACCUUGGAGAACUCCAUUGUCCGUGCAUCCAAGCGCAUGGAGCUACAGGCUCGAAUUGAUCACCGUUCGCAAACAGUCACUUUUGGUGCAGACAUCUCGCUAGUCGAGCAGAGCAUUGAAGGUCCUUUGCUACAAGAAAUGCCUUCGGAGGUGCUGAGGAAGCAGAUGUCCCACAUCUACAGCUCGGUGGACAAGGCUGCGUCAAUGAUCUCGCCGUCCGUAGACUCUGACGUUGUCAAGGUCAUGCGCAAGAAAACAGCUAACACCUACCGUCAGUGCUGUGUGAAGGAGCACAGGAAUAUGCUGAAGCGGAAGAGCGUCAUUGAGAAGAGAAAGGAGGACAUUGAGUCUAAAGCUCAGGCAAAGGAGAAAAAAGAACGGGAACUGGAGGCGGAGAAGAUCCGCAAGACUAAAGAAGCCGAGCAAGCCAGACUAAGGAAGGAAGCUGACGAGCGCGAGACCAAGCGCAAGAAGGAGGAGCUGGCAGAAAUCGGCCGCCGUCAAGUCAUGGAGAAGAUUGAACAGAUCAAGAAGACGGCCAUUGGUGGCAAGGCGUUGGCUGGUCUGAAGCCAGAGGAACUGGAGAACCUUGAUGCCGACAGCCUUGUUCAGAAGCAAAUGGCAGAGCUCGACAAAGAAAAGAAGGAACUGGCUACUCGCCUCCGUGCUAUUGAGAAGAAGGUGGAUCACUUUGAGAGAGCGAAGCGUCUUGUGGAGAUUCCACUUCUCCAGGAACAGUAUGAAAAGCAGAAGAAGGAAGAUGAAGUGUUCUUCAAAGAAGAGCAGGAGGCCAUGAUUGCCAAUGCCAUUUCUGACCGCAAAGAUGCCGAGGAGCACAAAACGCGCCUGUCUCGAAUGGAUGGAGAUGUCAGAAUCUACAUUGAUAAAUUGUCUGGCCAUCGCAACUUGCGCUAUCAGGAUGAAAUGAAAGAAUUCAAGAGGCGUAUGGAAGAUGAGCGUAAAAAAUGGCAGGAGGAGAAGAUCCGCCAAGCAGAAGAAGCUCGACGUCUCGAGGAAGAGAGGCAGCGUGAAGACGAGCGCCAGCGUGAAGAGGAACGUCGCAUUGCAGAGGAGGAACGGCGCUAUGAGGAAGAACAACGUAGAGCCGAAGAAGAGCGGGAGAGAGAGUUGAAAGAGGAAGAGGAGGAGCGCCAACGACAGCGUCAGGAAGAACUUCGAAAGAUCGAGGAGGAGCGUCGUCGCGAGGAGCAGCGCCGAGAUGAUCGCCGAGCACCUCUUGACCAUGCAGAGCACGAUAAUGGUCAUCGCAAUGGCCACUCGCGUCAUGGGCCUAGUGGUAACGAGCGCCGUGAAUUUGGACGUGACGACCGCUCCCGCGGCUUUGGCAGAGAUGAUCGUCCACGCGACUUUAACCGAGAUGAGCGCCCAAGAGAUUCUGGCCGGGAGGAUAGGCGUGAAGGUGGAUGGCGUGAUGAAGGACGCCGUGAUGAAGGACGUCGCGAUGAAGGACGCCGUGAUAAUGGACAGCGUGAUGACCGUCCACGUGACUUCAACCGUGAUGACCGUCCAAGGGACUUCAACCGUGAUGAUCGUCCAAGGGACUUCAACCGUGAUGAUCGUCCAAGGGACUUUGGCCACGAUGAUAAACGUGAUGACAAGCGCCGGGACUUUGGAAGAGACUUUGGUGGAGGACGAGACGAGAGGCGUGACGUUGGUGGCAGGAGAGACCUUGGAGGACGAGACGAGCGGCGUGACGAUGGUGGCAGACGAGACUUUGGCCGUGAUGACAGGGGUCGUCCUGGUCCUGGCGCCAGCUUUGGUCGGGAUGAUCGUCGUGAUGACCGUCGCGAUGACCGUAGCUGGAGGGGUGGCGAUUCUAGACGCAGUGACCAGCCUUCUGGACAAGGCAGAUCUGAUCCUGGUCAAAGCUGGCGAUAAUCAGUGUUGCUGCCGACUAGCAUUUCGAUUCUCGUCAUAAGUGGACGUUUUGUCUGUUGUCAGAUUGAGGAACAUGUACAUUGAAGUUUAAUUCUUUCUCUUCUUGGCCUUGCUAUGGUUGAAGUGCCGGUCUCUUUUGACUAGUUCCUAAAAUAGCUUCAAUACGAACUUGGGUGCGUGAGCUUGGAACGCACGCUGGGUUUCAUUUACCAAAUAAUGCAACUCCUACAUUUCUUGUGUAUUGAUUUUUGGCAUGCUGACAGUUUACCCAUGCAUUGGACUGGCAGCCAUGCUCCGAGGCCUAGUCGUUCAAGCUGCUGCCGUUUGCUUGCUAAUUUUAGAAAUGCCAUGACAUUUUGCUAAUGCCUUUUUAGAUACUCUUCACUCUUCACCUAUACUCGCGCGCAUAACUGAAAGCCAGGCGGCUGCUUGCUUGCUUCGCAUGCCAUGACAUUUUCCUUCCAUUCUGUGUACAUGGACAUGCCCUCCCGUGACCCAUUCCAUCUUGUACAUGCCCUCAUUAUAUUGAUUGCCACAUCA